UAACCCGGGUUCCCUGCGUGUGGUACUCGCGGCUGCUUCACUCACGGUCCGCGUCUGCAAGAUGAAGAUUGAGGAGGUGAAGAGCACCACGAAGACGCAGCGCAUCGCCUCCCACAGCCAUGUGAAGGGGCUGGGCUUGGAUGAGGGCGGCUUAGCCAAGCAGGCGGCCUCGGGGCUUGUGGGCCAGGAGAACGCGCGAGAGGCAUGCGGUGUGAUUGUAGAAUUAAUCAAAAGCAAGAAAAUGGCUGGAAGAGCUGUCUUGUUGGCAGGACCUCCUGGAACUGGCAAGACAGCUUUAGCUCUGGCUAUUGCCCAGGAGCUGGGGAGUAAGGUCCCUUUCUGCCCAAUGGUGGGGAGUGAAGUUUACUCCACAGAGAUCAAGAAGACAGAAGUGCUGAUGGAGAAUUUCCGCAGGGCUAUUGCAGACAGCCAGACCAUCGCCGCCUGUCGCCUCACCUGCACCCCAGCCAGGCCGAAGCAGAACCUGAAAGUGCUGCUGGCGCUGGACCCUAGCAUUUUUGAGAGUUUGCAGAAAGAGCGAGUCGAGGCUGGAGAUGUGAUUUACAUUGAGGCCAACAGUGGGGCAGUGAAGAGGCAGGGCAGGUGUGAUACUUAUGCCACAGAAUUUGACCUUGAAGCUGAAGAGUAUGUACCCUUGCCAAAGGGGGAUGUGCACAAGAAAAAAGAAAUUAUCCAGGAUGUGACCUUGCAUGACUUGGAUGUGGCCAAUGCCAGGCCCCAGGGGGGACAAGACAUCCUGUCCAUGAUGGGCCAGUUGAUGAAGCCAAAGAAGACAGAAAUCACAGACAAACUUCGAGGGGAGAUUAACAAGGUUGUGAACAAGUAUAUUGACCAAGGCGUUGCCGAGCUGGUCCCAGGCGUGCUGUUUGUUGAUGAGGUCCAUAUGCUGGACAUUGAAUGUUUCACCUACCUGCACCGGGCCCUGGAAUCGUCUAUUGCCCCCAUUGUCAUCUUUGCAUCCAACCGAGGCAAUUGUGUCAUCAGAGGCACGGAGGAUGUCAUCUCUCCUCACGGCAUCCCUCUGGAUCUUCUGGACCGCGUGAUGAUCAUCCGGACCAUGCUGUACACGCCACAGGAGAUGAAGCAGAUCAUUAAGAUCCGAGCCCAGACAGAGGGCAUCAACAUCAGCGAGGAGGCGUUGAAUCACCUCGGGGAGAUUGGUACGAAGACCACUCUGAGGUAUUCGGUACAGCUGCUGACCCCAGCCAACCUCCUGGCUAAGAUCAAUGGGAAGGACAGCAUCGAGAAGGAGCAUGUGGAGGAGAUCAGUGAGCUCUUCUAUGACGCCAAGUCCUCAGCCAAGAUCCUGGCCGGGCAGCAGGACAAGUAUAUGAAGUGAGCUGGCCCGGGCUUCCGCAAGGAGAGACUGGUGGCCGGCCUGGCCCGGCCCAGCUGGUGCAGGAGCUUGCCCUGGGCGGGGCUUCUUCACACAAAGGCCCGGCAGGCAGCAUUGCCAGUUCAGUGUGGAGAGCAUUGCUUUUUAAAUUAUCACACCUUCUCCUGUGGCUGCUUUCAAGGAAUCCUUCCUUACCUGAUGUCUUUUCUGAUAAAGUUUUAUAGGUUGUUUGGAUGUUCUCUCUUUAAAACAUUUUCUUUAAAAAAUUUUGUUAGAGCUGUUUAGCUGUACAGAAUUAUUGACAAGAGUGGUGUGUACUCAGCAUUUGCUAGUGUUAACAUUGUGCAUUAGGAUGGUCGUUUAUCACAAAUAAAGAACCAAUGUUAAUAGAUACUA